UGUUGGAGAGCAGGUGAAGUGCGUACUGUCCUGCCCUCCACGUCAUGGUCACACAUAGGAAUCUUGCCAACUUCCCCAACCGCUUCAGUCCCGCCACCAGCAGCAGCACACACCUGUAGGAGCUCCCUCGUAGCCAUUGUUUACCAGGCGCUCCUACCGUCCACUUCAAUUCCCGCGGGGUUAUGCGGGCGAUAGAGUCGGCGAAACAGAACAAUUUGAGAGAAACAAAAGUGUAUUUAGGGUGUGGCGGACUGUUAAUAAAGGACUGAUUACAGCUCCUAGUCAUGGUUGCUUUUAAGCGUGAGGCGCCAGCGUGGUUGUAAACACGUUAGUUUAAAUGUUGAUGUAGAGAGUGAGGAAGCCAGCGAGUGGGUAUUGGCUUCGUAAACAUAAACUCUUGCCCACCACACCCGCCUGCCCAAAGUGGUGGUGCACGAGUGCACGCUUGCACUCUGUCCACGCCUCCUGUCUUUGCCGCACUCUUGAACAAUUGUCGUAAUCGGCCAAAGCUUUGCCACCCCGACAACCACCCUAACCAGGAGCUAUUUCCGCCCCUUAGUAACAAACAAAAGGCUUUUUCAGCGCCAGCCAUCAACAUGCAGUCGGCUAAGACCGGCAGGGCGCCCGGUAGAGUGGCCGCCUCGCCCAGAACACGGAGAGAGCCAGGAUCAACCAGAUCAGGUAGCAUCCUCAACCAACAUCGACCAGGUUCCCCCGCCUGUGCCGCCCAGACCAGCUAAUUACCCGCAGGCCAACAGCAUGGAGCAGGUGCAGCAGCAACAACAGCAGAUGAUGUCUCAACAGCAUCACCAGCAACAGCACCAGCAACAACAGCAGCAACAGGUGACCUCGUCAUCUUCGCAAGUGAGAACGGUGAAACAGACCUACCAAGUCAAACAGCACUACGAACAACGUUCUAGCGGGUUGCAACAGCAGACGGGGGCGGUGCGGUAUCAGCAGCCACAACAGCAGUCUAUGCAGUUCCAGCAGUCACAGCAGACGUCGUCGACCUAUUCCUCGCAGCAUCCACCAGUCUUCGGGAAGCAAAUGGCCGCGAGUCCGGGAAAAGCUGUACCGCCUUUCACCCCGAGAGGCCCAGCUCCACCACAGCACAAUUUUCCACAGCAUAAUGAUAUCCAGAACGCUGUGCCACCUCAGUAUGCUUCCCAACCUCAGUAUGCUCCUCAGAAUAUUGCCCAGCCCCAGUAUGCUCCACAAAACGUGCCCCAGCCCCAAUAUGCUCCCCAAAACGUGCCCCAGCCCCAAUAUGCUCCACAAAACGUGCCCCAACCCCAGUAUGCUCCCCAAAACGUGCCCCAGCCCCAAUAUGCUCCACAAAACGUGCCCCAACCCCAAUAUUCUCAACAAAAUUUUCCCCAGCCCCAAUAUUCUCCACAAAAUGAUGCAAAGCCACAACAAACCAAUGUACAAACCCAGCCACAACAGUCUCUGCAAAAUGCCGCCCAGCCUCAAAGAGGCCCUCAAGCUCAACCUCAAAAAGCACCCAAGAGCCAGCCUCAGAAAGCACCCCAGAGCCUGCUCCAGCCUGUUCCAGUGGCUGUGAUUCUCGGGGAAACCAACGCUCCUCCUCCGAAGCUUGACGCGGAGCUUCCUCCCGGGUACAGUACAGCGUACAGCGCUGUGGUCGGCGAGUGGCCCCCUAAGAUAAACAAUGCCCCGAACCUGACAACAACAUACCCUUCAGGGUUCAAGUAUAGGGAAAAGGCGCCUCUGGACAACGUUCCCGCCAAAGUGGUGAUGUCGCAGCCUGCCUUCAAGAUCAGCCAGCCUAUAAGGCGACGAGGAGACGACAAAUGGCCCCCGAAGACUGGUAUCGAACCUGUACAGAAUGAGGUUCGGGAGUUCAUCAAACCCAAGAAAAUGGCCAAGAAUUACGGGGAGUUUUUCGCCCAGAACGCCUUGCCCCACAACUAUGCCGCCUACCGCCCCCCGCCAGGGACUCAGCACCGUGCGGUAGAGGACAACGAAGAGGAUGAAGAGGUAGAGGAAGAAGAGGAGGAAGAGACUGCUGGUGGCGUCUCCAACAUGUAGUCUCCCUCAUCUUCCAACACCACUAUACAUCCUCCACCACCACUAUACACCCUCCACCACCACUAUACAGCAGUACCACCACGAACGAUAUCUGGUUAAAUCUUGCAUAGUACUCCAAAGCAUCAUAUGAUGUGAUGCGCAAUUUUCUGCAAGUCGGUCAGAGCAUCAUAUGAUGCGACGCGCAAUUUAAGGGUUAAUCGAACUAUAUUAAAAAAUACAUAAAAAAAAUACUCUGCUCACGCAUAUUAUGUAUACAUCUCUCCCUUGUUCGUUGUGUAAUUUCUCUAUUUAACGUUCAAUGACUUCCUGAAAAGUCGUUCAUUGCUUAAAUUUCAUGCCCAAGAUCACCCGAAUAGCGUUUUAAUUACAUCACUUAAUAGCUAAUUACAGCCGUUUACAGCUUCCCAAACAUCGCCCGAAUAUAAUUUUUUCUUUAAUGCUGUUAUGUAUAAUAUAACCGCAUUUUUAUACCAAUAUUACAAGCGUAUUCUGCGUAAUCAGUGGUAUUAUAUAUAAUACAAGUGCCUUUAUAUACAAAUGUGAUCAGAUCCCAUCAGCUUUGUAUUAAUCAAAUGUUAUUCUAAUAUUAUUGUUGGUAUUAUUUUAAUCAUGGGAUAUAUAUUUGUAUUUUAUUUCGACCAUUGUAUUCCACCUCAAUGGUACUGAUUACACUGUAUCGCACCUCAUUGUCAGUGAUUGCAUUGUAUUCCACAGUGAUUAAUGGCAGUGAUUACCAUUAUAGUGCACUGAAGUUUAUUUUCGUAUAUAUGUCUCCAUCUCUUAACCAGUCCAUAUAUUUACUUUCUUCAUAGAACUGGUGUAAUUAUAGCAGAAUUAUCGAACUGACAGCGCCCGUCAUACUGUCUGUCUUCAUGCAAGCUACUGUGAGCAUAUAGGCUUUAUAUAAUAAUAUAAAACUAAAAUACUGUUGUUAUACUGGUAACAUAUAUGAUGUCUUUUGACACAUUUAAAUAGUAUAUACUUUUGUUUUUUAAAACUCACUUUUUUUUACAAUGUAAACAGCCUUAUGGGGACUCCUUUUUUUGUGAUGGUGGCAGAGAUAUCCAUACUUUUUUGGAGUCAAUUUAUCCAUUUCUCUGUUCCUUUAUGCUGUUUUUGUUCAUUGCUUGACAGAUAUUAAUUCAUUAAUUUUGCAAAAUGAAAAAAAAAAUAUUUCCUGAUUGAUUUUGUCUUUGAUAAGAUUAUGUUCUUUUACAUGUUUUUGUUUUGUUUUGUGUUUUAUCUUUUAACUAAAGCAAAAUAUUAUUCUGGGAUGAUCUUUCACCGAGCUUGGAGCAAUUCUUGUAUCUUUUAUCUUUUUUCCCGAACCAAUCGAUUGCUUAUAUGCUAUUUUUACUAGCGUUUAAUGUUAAGCCAACUUCCGUAUUAUAAAAACCAAAAUGAUAAUGGUGCGCAUGUCUUGAUUACAGCUUGAAUAUAUUUAAAUUAUUACGAAAAAAACUGUCGAAUAUUCCGUCCUACAUUAGUUUGGGUUUCAAUUACGGGAGCAGAAUUCAUUUUCUCAAAUGAAGUUGGCAUCCCUUUAGUGGUGAUAGAAAACGUAGAACCCUUCUCGCUAAAGUGAGAGACUAUAAAGAACUAGAAUAUGUACGACAUCGCACUUUGCUAUGCUAUUUUUUUGUAUAAAAUAAAUAUUUAUGAAUUA